AGGUCUGGCGUCCGCAUGCGAGGCUCCAUUGAAGACUCGACUGUCGAUGUCGCGGGACUCUGCAAAAUUCCCACCGCUAAGAAGCUAAAACCCUGCUUCUACGUUCGACUCAGGAAAUCAGGAUCGGGAUUCCUCAAUCAGACAUGAGCGGGUGGAGGAAGAGACAGAAACCCUAUCUCUCACAGCAGAAUCCCCUCCCAAAGCGCUUAAGGCGUGAUGAGAUUGCUGCCCCGGAAGAGCGAGGGAGAGAGGGAAAGGAGGAGAAGCCCUCCAAGCAAUCCUCUGUGGUGAUCGUCAGUGGCCUCGCCCCUGGCUGCAGCGUCCUCGAGCUCAAAUCUCGCUUCGAGAUGUUCGGCGCAGUCUCUCGUCUCCGCAUCGACAACAGCCUCGGCUUCGCCUACGUUACCUUCCGCUCCAAGGACUCCGCUCAAGACGCCAUCUCCGCUGCCCUUGAUCCUUCCUCCGGUAUCAUCAUUCAAUCCGAGAAGGUACAAGUUUCUUGGGCAAAUGAUCCCCUUCCUCAGUGGAAAGCAGGAGUGAGGGCUUCGUCUGGCCAGGAUCGUCGACCGUCGUCCAAGCUGCUGCGACCAGAAAUACCCCUCAGCAGACAUGGAAGAGAUAAUAGGAAGCUUAGUGCAGGUAAAACGACGUCCCCCAACACAAACGGUCCAGAUUUGCCUUUCAAAGGUCGUGAAAUCAUCGCUUACGAUGAUCUUCUUCCAUUGUUACCAGUAGUUUUGAGGGGUUCUUCUGUUGUGACAACUGAGCUGUGAUUAAAAUAGACAGUAGCUGUGAUAUGUUGCAGUUCGUAAUUGCUCGAAGGCUGGAGCUGUGUCAAAACUACUAUGUCAGUCAGCUACAACAUCGGCUUCAGUUUGUUCAUAAACUCUCAUUUAAGGGGUGAUGCAAUAUUUUGUUGCUGGGAUAUCCCAAGGAUUUGAGUUGUUCUAUACCACACAGUCUCUCUGUUUCCUUUUUCUUCUAUAUCUUCUUGCAUGAAGCCCAGGUGCUUGAUAGUUGAUAGUUCCAUACAAUCGUUUAUCUGUGUAUUCCAUAUGGGUCUGUAAUAAUCUUACACUAGAUCAAGGACUGGAUAGUUCUAUGCAACUGUUUGUUUCUGUUUUGGUUCGGAAAUCAUCUGACAAAGAGAGCACUUGGUUA